AUGAAGUUGGGGUUGGUACUGGGGCUCGAUGGAGCCGGCAAGACGAUGCUGUUGCGACAGCUUAGCCACAUGCGCAAGGACGAAUUCCACAACACCAAGCUGGGCUCCGUCUUUGAGAAGGUACGCACCCGCCUGUUCGCGGACUCUGCUUCUGCUGCCGAAGUCGACGGCAUCGACGUCGCGACCCUACCAACGACAGGAGUGGAAGAAGAGACGAACGCAUACCGCAACUUGGCAUAUGGACCAGCUUUCCAGCAAAUCCAAUACAAAUGUGCAAUUGUUGAACAGUGCAGAAUCGAGUUGACGCGGAUUUUGGCGCGCGUGCUGCGGUUCACGGAGGCGGGGCUUUGGAUCUUUAGGCAAACCGAGAAGCUCGUUAUACGGUCGUUGUGCCGAAGCAGCAGCUACGAUGGCGUGUCCGGGGUACGCGAAGACUUUCUGUCCUUACCUGCGAAGCCAGUUGUGCGCACACGUGUCAAGACGAACGUCGAGUGGCAUUCCAUCGAGCACCUUCAUGUGGCCGCAGCGAAACGGCAAAAGCGGAAGUGA